GAUUUGUCGCGAUGUCAUUAAAUCAGUAGAACCAAAGUGUAUUGUAAACGAAAUUUGAUAGAUCGAAUACAGGUCCAGCAAAAAGUAAUCUCGUUUGCAUAAAACAAAAUAAGAGUAAAAUCAUAAAUAAAUUGACCAUUAAAUAGGUGACAAAAUAAUCAUAUAAAUUCAAAUAAAAUGGCUUUAGUCUGUGCGAUUACAAAUGAAGUGCCUGAACAGCCGGUCUUGUCACCAGUAUCGGGCGCAAUUUUCGAGCGACGCAUCAUUGAAAAAUAUUUACUGGAAAAUGGAUGCGAUCCAAUUACAGGCAAAGAACUCAAAGCUGAAGACUUGAUUGAAGUUAAAGUACCGCCAAUUGUGCGCCCAAAACCACCAAGUGCGACCAGUAUUCCGGCCGCAUUGAAAACAAUGCAAGACGAAUGGGACGCUUUAAUGUUACACACAUUUUCGCAACGCCAACAAUUGCAAACCGCUCGUCAAGAAUUAAGCCAUGCACUAUAUCAACAUGAUGCCGCUUGUCGUGUCAUUGCACGUUUGAACAAGGAGGUGGCAGCUGCACGUGAAGCAUUGGCUACAUUGAAACCACAAGCCGGCAUUUCAUCAUCGGCCGCUGCUGGCGGACAACAGGCAAUGGAUGUUGAUACAACAUCAUACACAACACAACCAGUCGAGCAAACUGGUAUGACACCCGAAAUCAUUGAAAAAUUACAAGAAAAAGCCACCAUAUUGACCGAAGAGCGUAGAAACCGUGGUCGUACAUUGCCCAAAGAUCUCGUUGUUCCCGAACAAAUUAGAAACUUCAAAAUUUUGGCAUCGCAUGCGGGUCUUCAUUCAGCCAGUGCACCCGGCAUUUUGGCACUUGAUGUGUGCAGCUUCAAUGACAACAAGAUUUUGACUGGUGGAAAUGACAAAAAUGCAACCGUUUUCAAUAAAGACACACAACAAAUUGUUUCGGUGCUUAAAGGUCACACGAAAAAAGUUACCAAAGUCAUUUAUCAUCCUGAAACUCGAGAUGAUGCAGAAACAGUCAUCACCGCGUCACCAGAUCAGACGAUUCGUAUUUGGAAUGUUCCAACAUCGCAAACGAAAUUCCUAUUAAGUUGUCAUACUGGUCCGGUCACUGGUCUAUCAUUGCAUCCAACCGGUGAUUAUUUGCUAUCUACUUCGUCCGAUAAACAUUGGGCAUUCUCUGAUAUUAAAACCGGCCGUUUGGUUACAAAGGUCAUGGAUAUGAAUGAAGUUGGUUUGACAGCAGCUCAAUUCCAUCCGGAUGGUUUGAUUUUUGGCACCGGCACCGAUGAUUCACAAGUCAAAAUUUGGGACGUUAAAGAGCAGAGCAACGUUGCCAAUUUCCCUGGUCAUACUGGACCAAUUUCGGCAAUUUCAUUCUCCGAAAAUGGUUACUAUUUGGCCACAGCCGCCGAUGAUGCUUGCGUUAAACUUUGGGAUUUGCGUAAAUUGAAAAACAUUCGCACCAUUCAAUUGGAUGAUGGUUAUGAAGUAAAAGAUUUAUGCUUCGAUCACAGUGGUACUUAUUUGGCUAUCGCUGGCACAGACGUUAGAAUUUACUUGUGCAAACAAUGGCAAGAAUUAUGUGUUUUUAAUGAUCACACAUCGUCGGCAACUGGCGUUCGAUUUGGUGCGAAUGCAGAUUAUUUGGCAUCCACAAGUAUGGAUCGUACUGUUAAAUUUUAUGGUUUAGACAAAAAGUAAUUUUUAAGUCAGUUCACAACACAACAAACACACACACACAAAAUAAAAACGAUGAAAAAAUAAAUAUGAUUUUAGAUUUUAAAACUCUCAAAAUACAAGAAUACAAUUGUGUUCUAUUGCAUACGUAUAUAUGUUUCAUUUAAGCGAAAUAACGACCGAUUUUAUAUUUGAAAAUUCAAUAAAUCAACUACAAAUAUACACACCAAA